AUGGGCCGGAAAAAGGGGGUUCACCUGGUGCACGACGGGCCGCCGGACGAUUUCGACCCGGAAAACCCGUACAAGGACCCGGUGGCCAUGCUCGAGAUGCGUGAGCACCUCGUCAGGGAGAAGUGGAUCGACAUCGAGAAGGCCAAGAUCCUCCGGGAGAAGGUCCGCCGGUGCUACCGCGUCGAAGGAGUAAACCACCUCCAGAAGUGCCGCCACCUUGUCCACCACUACCUCGACGCCACCCGCGGCGUCGGCUGGGGCAAGGACCACCGCCCGCACGCCCUCCAUGGUCCGAAGGUGGAGGCGCCUGAUGAGUGA